ACAAAAGAGUAGAUGAAAGGAUAAAUGAAAGGAUAGAAAUAAUAAAUGAAGAGAUAGAUGAAAUAAUGAAUAAAGAGAUAGAUGAAAUAAUAAAUGAAGAGAUAGAUGAAAUAAUGAAUAAAGGGAUAGAUGAAAUGAUAAAUGAAGGGGUAGAUGAAAUAAUAAAUGAAGGGGUAGAUGAAAUGAUGAAUAAAGAG